AUGUGUGCAAAAUGCCAGUGCAAAACUUUGCCUUCAUCAAACGGUGGGUGUGCACUUAAACGUUUGGCAGUGUAACAACGGAGGCUUAGCUUUUAAUGUUUCUUUUUAUCACAGAGAGUAUAUGUGCACGCUGAAGGUCAAUGGAUGCACAGUUGUACGAGCACAGAAACGAUGAAGUGCAUUCAAUGAUUGAGGCAUGACAUAUAGAUAAUAGGGGUAGUGCAUGUGGGAGUAAACCAUCAAUUAGCUUGUAUAAUUAAGAAACCAAAUGCCUUAUCAGUUAUCUGUAACAUAGACUCCCACAUGUUCCAGAUUGACAGAUUCUCCCAUUGCCUUGACAUGCGCAGAUAAAAUUACGUGCCUUCUUUCUUUUUCGCCACUGUGCACCUUUGCAGUUGUUAGUCGGAAUUUGUAUCGUAUUGAUUUCAUUUUUGCAUAUGCGUUGGCAUACCCUGUCUUCCAGGAUGAAUAUUUACCAACUAUCUCAGCUCUUAGUUAUUCUAAGGUGGUGUUAAAGCGUGCAACUCUCAGAUUGAUAUCACGAAACUCUAGCAAGCGGGAAGUUGAGCCACAUUUCCCGACAAUAAGCGAGAGAGCAAUGAAAUAACUUAUUAUUUUGCAAAUUACUGCACUUUCACAUGAAAACAUUCUGUAAGCUCGUCUUGCUUCUCGGGCCCCAACAUGUUACUGAAGCUAAAUAAGCAAAUCCUGCUAUUUUUUUUAUAAUUAUUAAAUCUAUAUAAGGAGAGGAUGGUGCCACUGUGUGGCGCCGGCUACUCCUCUUGCACAACAAUCGACAUCGUAUAUUAGAUAAAAAACACGAGGUGAUACAUAGUUACAUAGCACAGCACUUAUGCACUAAGUCCAGAUUUUUCAAAACAAAAAUCUGUCCACACCACACAGAAUUUGGAAAAACACAAGUAAUAACAAUUAACUUGUUCACACAAAAAUGAAUGUUCUCUAAAAUCCUGCACUUUCUAUUUCACCAAAAUAGCAAUGUGUGAUCUUGAUUGCUCAUGCAAGCUCUGAAAAGCAUCGCAAUGCUGUUUUGCAUCAGCUUCAGCACCUUCAUCACUGCUAUUCACUGCUCUACUUUCAUGACACUGCUGGCAUCAAGCAUGAUCUUCACACUGGUGCAGCCAGAAACAUCUACACUGUCAUUAGCAUCGGCGAAGUUGCCAUACUAGAUUGAACCUGGGGUCACUGUUAACUAAAAAUUAAUUGAAGCACCAUUCUCCUCAGUCCUGAAGCAAGCUAGAUCAUCACCUGGCAUCAAAGCUUGUUUCAUGAAAAUCGUUCGUAAUGUCGUUUGUGGAGGGGGCCUGCGUGUCAUUUCAUGCACCAGUGUUUAUCUCCGUUUAUUUUCAUUUGUUCGAGGAGGUUAAUUGUCAAAUCAGUAGCUAAGUGAGAUGUGCAUAAGCUAAUACUACUUAGUACUGCAAGAAAGACAAGUAAGCUAUGGAUAAACAUCCUUUGGCCUUUUGGUGAUCGCACUCGUGGCCUUCUUGUAGAAAAUACUGCUCUUGUCCGGCAAGCAAAGGAAAGAAUCUGUCACGUGCAGCUAAAGAAAGCAUGGCCUUAGAAAUCUGUCCUUGUUAACUGAAAUGCUGCUAUGAGGCAGUAGAUCUUGAAGGCUAUGUUUCAGGGGCCUGCAAGUCAUUGUGGUGGGACAACCGUAUGUGUGGGCUCAUUGCAUCACUUCUCUAGCAGUACUUAUCUGCAAAGAGCUAAGAACACGUGCAAAACAUUUGUUUGUUCAGUGCGCCCGAUCUGCUUGAGUAGCAUUAGGUUUGUGUAGGUAAAAGUCAUUGUAAAGUGCAGCAACAUUUCUUAAUUUUCUGGUGCCGCAAUUAAGUUGCACCUGAGUGUGUCACACUGUUUUCAUUGCCUGCUUGUUCUACCUGUGUCAUUGCAGGUUUCUUGCUUUUGGAGUCUUCUGAAAUAUACGAUUCACUCGUUACCGUAAAAGAUGGACUGCAUUCUUGCCGCCUGUGCACCUUUACGAGCAGGAUAAGACGAGUCAUGAGAGUGCACCUUCGCAAACACACAGGCGAGCACCCCUUCCGGUGCCACUUGUGUCCUGCUGUGUUCAAUCACGACUGCGACCUCAAGCGGCACUUGCGCUCUCACAUAGGGGAACGUCCCUUUUCCUGUACGCACUGCACCUCAUCCUUUACGCAGAGGUCCCAUCUGAAAGUGCACCUGCGUACCCACACAGGAGAGCGUCCCUACUCCUGUGUCUACUGUCCUGCAUCCUUCACCUCGAAGUACACCCUCACGACGCAUUUGCGCGGCCACACAGGGGAGCGUCCUUUUUUCUGUGUGCACUGUGGCUCAACUUUUAUGAAAAAGUACAACCUUAAGAUCCACAUUUCCCGUUGUCCUGUAUUGAAGGAAUUCCAAGUGUCUACCACUUACAAAAGCUGCGAAGCAGAAAAUUUUAAUGGUGCAGCCCUUGAAGGCACCGAUGUGCCCUCAAGCCCACGUGAAUACUCUACAAGACAGCUCGCGGAAGCGCAAGCUGCACUUUGCUGCCAGUCUCCGCCUCUGCACCUUCCUGACGUAAUCGCAUCACAAAGCAAAGUCAAUGCCACUACUCGUCCAGCGCAGUUGGAGGAGCGAGCUCCUGAUUUGCCGUCGCAGGAACGUGUGCAGUCGCCGGCUCCAGUCGUGCAUGGAAAGUCUCCAGUGCAGGCACCGGAAAAACCUAUUGCUUCCAUUGCCAAGCUCGUCGACCCGCUGGAGUGCAUCAUCUCCAAUGUGCCACUGUUUAGCAAGAAGGUUCUCGGAGACCAGUGCACUAAUGUUGCGACAACGCUAAUCGACCGGUCUGUUGAUGAGCCAACUUUUUCAAAGAUGCCUAGCGUGGCCAAGUGUUCCUUGCCUUUGGAGUCUUCUGAAAUAUACGAUUCACUUGUUACGGUAAAAGGUGGACUGCAUUCUUGCCGCCUGUGCACCUUUACGAGCAGGAUAAGACGAGUCAUGAGAGUGCACCUUCGCAAACACACAGGCGAGCAACCCCCUACCUUCCCGUGCCACUUGUGUCCUGCUGUGUUCAAUCACGACUGCGACCUCAAGCGGCACUUGCGCUCUCACAUAGGGGAACGUCCCUAUUCCUGUACACACUGCACCUCAUCCUUUACGCAGAGGUGCCAUCUGAAAGUGCACCUGCGUACCCACACAGGAGAGCGUCCCUACUCCUGUGUCUACUGUCCUGCAUCCUUCACCUCGAAGUACACCCUCACGACGCAUUUGCGCGGCCACACAGGGGAGCGUCCUUUUUUCUGUGUGCACUGUGGCUCAACCUUUAUGAAAAAGUACAACCUUAAGAUGCACAUCUCCCGUUGUCCUGCAUUGAAGGAAUCCUAAGGAUCAGUGGUGCACAACCAUAUUUGUGGGGGAAAAGAAGAGUGGAUUGAUUAAACCCAUUUUUAUGAAAAAAGGCAAUCUCUCAUGUGCAUAAAACUUUUCAGGGGUGAAGCUCCUCUUAGUCUGACCUUCGCAUGCGUCGCGCGUAACCGACAGAAAAAGAAAACGAGAAAGAAAGGAAGGCAGUAUCUCCAGAACAGUAUAAUAGAUGGCGCUAUCUUAUAGAAGCACAUACAAACUGCAGUUGAGUGAGGAUAUUCUAUAUGGUGCUGUACCCUUACUCUCUUAAUGGCUGCUGCAUGGGCUGUGCCUGGGUACGUGGCGAUUGGGAACCUCUCUUAGUUUCCUGGAUCAUUGCCGUUGUUUCGGAUCGUUUGUGGGUUGACAUGAACAAAGCAGAGCGACGUGGCGGCUCGUGCUCGUUGGUGGGGCAUGGACGAAACAUAGUAGAGGGCCCCAGCGGCUCGUGUUCAUUGCCAGACAGAGAAACAUGCAGACACACUGAGAAACAGACAGAUGGACGGACGGACGAAUGGGUAGACAAACGCCCGGACCGACAGAUGCUUCGCACCACUUAUCAUCAUUCAUUCUGUGGAUAUGCCGUGAUUUUUUUAUAUGCCUUGGAAGUAUAGCUUCUCAUGGUGUAUUCAUAAUUUAUAAAGGUUUAUUGAGAAACUCCUGAACCUCCUGUCGCAUGUGGAAACUCUUUAAAACGCUUAUGACAUCCCACUGACAUACAGACUGUAACAUUUUUACCAGAAAAUGUAAGAACAAAAAUAUUAUAAUUGUUGAAUAACUGCUUCAUAUUCUUUCUCUUAGCAUGACCUCUUGCGACAAAGAAAAAGGCUUUGAAAGGGCAGCACUCUUAGAGGUCUCCUGCUCACAACAGUGUAUCACUCGGCUUUGGUGUAAUGUUAAUUAUUUUUUUUGCACAACUUGAUGGUACUGAUUGGCACUGCUGGCAGCUUAACCUCUAAUUCUCUACCUCUUACUGUAAGGGCAGUAUGGCUGUGCAGGAGUUGUACUGCUAUUGGCUUAAGUGGCGACUGUGGGGUCGAUGUGCCGUCAGCAAAAAAUCUGUGUUGUUUGUGAGCAAAACUUCGUAUUAAAUGCAAAUAAGUAAAUAAUGAAAAAAAUCUUCAGUCUGAAUGAGAAAUAAACUCAUCUGUGUAACAAGCGGGUGUUUUACCAUGGAAAAAUAUGCUUGUCACAAAAGUCGCCUAUGAACAUGUGCGGCGCAUAGUGUUCUAAGGUACGUCAUGAAAAGGUAUUUUUCCACUGGCGUCAACGGUGAACAUCAUAUAAUUCCUCUCGAAGAAUGGUACGCCAUACAAACACAUAAGCAACUUGGUCUUUGUUAGCUUGAGCUGUAGGAAUACGAACCAUGUAAUGAAGCAUCUGCGCUGCAUGUCAGAUCAUAUUCUCUUGUUAUUGCGUAUAUUUUUAAUGACUCCCCGUAAAGGUGACCGACAGCAGAAUCUGAACCACAGGACGUUUCAUCUAGGCACACAUUAGACCGUCUGUGUACGUGGCUGGUGCUUUGUGUGCGAGUUGACUGUUCGCCAGUGAAGUGUGAAUCACGGAAACAACCAACGCAAACGUAAGGAUGCAUCGAAACUGCUCCAGAAGUUGGGACCGGCGCCCGGUAAACCUUAUAUAAAACAUUCCGAUCCCGUAAUUCAACAGGGUGCUGAAUUCCCAAGAAGAGAUCCAUGCUGAUAUCUCAUGACAUGAGGCAGCGAACAGCGUGUCCAGAAAAUCAACACCCCUGUCUUCAUGAAGCUGCCGCUGACCCUUCUCGCCGACUCUCAAGGGUCAUUUAUAAACAGCGCCGGUGUUUAGAGACUCUGCUGUGCUCGGUUCCGAAUGUACUUCACUUUAACUUGGUGCACUGCGAACUCUAAUUAUUGAUUCUGGUCUUACUGCUUGGUCAUCCAUCUGUUAUUGAGCAUUGUCUCUACAUACUGUAACUUUCCUGCAUGCUUGCUUUACUGGUAUCGUGAAAUGUAUAACUAGUCCACCUUUCUUUAAAUGCAUUAUUAAAUCUCUUGCUCUUCGUAUCAAAAAA